CGCAGCUGUUACUGUUACCGCCACUACUCGUUAGUUGCUUGAAAGGCAUUUGGAUUUUCCUUGACGACGUACGCCCCAUACACUCCGUACUGUGAAGAUGUACUACGGGCAACGACUUGGCCGCUACUCAACCACCUAAACCCUGCCUACCUUACCUGGCUUGCACCCCCAUCAUCAUCACCAUCCUCACCAUCGCCCUUCGCCUCCCUCUGAAGUCCACCGACAGCAAUUUUGCAUUUGAGCUUUAAGAAAUCAGACGAACUGCUCGUUGGAAGUUGUCAUCCACCGACACUCGAGGUCUAGAUUCAGCCAGCUGGGGCUGAAAUACUUUAGCUCUCACUCGCAUACCGCCUAUCAGCUCCCGAAACAUUUCUCUUCAUCAUGGCCGCCAGGGUUCCCGCGAGCGCCCGAGCUGGAGGGGCACGGUUUGCUCAGUUUAAACUCGUCUUGCUCGGAGAAUCGGCUGUAGGAAAGAGUUCGCUCGUGCUUAGAUUUGUCAAGGACCAAUUCGAUGAUUACAGAGAGUCGACGAUUGGCGCCGCCUUUCUGACCCAGACAAUCGCUUUGGACGAGAACACGACAGUGAAGUUUGAAAUUUGGGAUACUGCAGGCCAAGAGCGCUAUAAGUCUCUGGCCCCAAUGUAUUACCGCAAUGCCAACUGCGCAGUUGUUGUCUAUGACAUCUCUCAGGCACAAUCCCUGGACAAGGCCAAGGCGUGGGUGAAGGAGCUGCAACGACAGGCCAAUGAGAACAUCGUCAUUGCACUUGCCGGCAACAAGCUCGAUCUUGUCACCGAGAACCCCAGCAAGCGUGCUAUUCAGACAGAAGACGCAGAAACGUAUGCUAAGGAAGCUGGACUCCUCUUCUUUGAGACAUCGGCAAAGACAUCAGAAAAUGUCCGGGAGCUGUUCACUGAGAUUGCAAAGAAGCUCCCUCUGGAUCAGGCGGGACCGAGAAAUAUUCGGUCGGGUCCUCGCGCAGGCGUCGAUUUGAGACCCGAGGCUUCGGGCACACAGGGUGCUGGAGCUUGUAGUUGCUAAUUUGGUGCACUCCUUUACAGUUUGGCUGCAGCAGGUUACAUCUUUCUUUGGUAGAGCGUUUGUUUCCUCACUUGAUUGUGCUCUUCUAGAGUGGAGUCUGCUUAGGGUCUUUGACCCUCUGUUAAGGCGUGGACCAAUGUGUCCCGUCGUAUCUAUUCUCAAAGGCGAGAUGAGAUUCUCUGGGUUGUUUGAUAUAUUUGGUGCUUGAUCAUUGCUCGAUUGUUUAUUAUUUCCUCCCACCCGGUACUUACACAUCUAAUACUCUGCUGCCCUGGAUUGCCGCUCGACUUGGGAAGGAAUCGUCACCGUCUACUCCUUUACGGCUUUGAACACUUCAUUUCAUCAGUUUCAUACAUUUAUUGUUUGAUGCUUUUAUUCCAUCUGAUUCUUUUCUUUCCUCCAAUCUUUAAUAUUCUCAGGUAGAGAAAAUUUAUUCUCAGAC